AUGGUGAUAGUUGAAUUAAGCAUUGGUCAAUUAGCUGGAUUAAUUGAGUGGACAACUUUAAGUAAAGUGGUUGGGGCAAGUCUACUUAAUAUUUAUGGAACAGGUGGCCAACCUGCUUUAACAGGAAUUAAAUUAUGGGGCAUGGGAUCAUAUAAACCAUUAUUUGGAGUAUCAGCUAUUGCACCACUUGGUAUUUAUACAUUUGAAGUAACAUAUGAUAUAACAUCUGUUGAUGCUGAUGUUAUCAAUGCUGAUCCAUUAUUGGAUAGUGCAGUUAAUAACACAUUUUCUCUGAAGGAGCUAACAAGCAUUAGGGUAUGUGGUGGAUUUUACUACCAACUAUGUCCAGGAAUGAAAAAUAUGUUCCAUGUUGAUGAAGAAUAUGCAAUUGACUUUAACAAAACAUACAGUAACAAUGCAAUGAGAUACCGUCUGUUGAAAACUAGUAUUAAUGAUAAUAUUUCAUAUCCUUCCUAUGAUUUUAUGAUGUUGAAUGUGACAAGUGUACAGAAGGAGGGUUAUGGAAUUAUUGACACAAUGGUUGUAGAUCAUGGUAAUGGUGGACUUUUAAUAAACAAAGCAAUAAAACCCAAUUUAAAAACUAAUGGGAGUCAUGAUUGGUCAAUUCAAGGCUUGUGGUUGCAACUACAUGUCAGUUGCCAUUCAACAAAUAUUACAAUAAUUUCAUGGAAAAACAAUACUUCCUCUUUGUCCUCUAGUUGGAUAGGCUAUGCAGCUAUUAACAACUGUGAUAUAAAUUUACCAGAUAUAAGUACAAUCAAUGAUCGAGGCCAAUCAACAGAUCUUCCAGCAAGAAGCAUCUGGUAUAGUCGUUUUAUACAAUCUCUUCUUAUGCAAGAAUUAAAUAUGACAGCAAAUGGAACUUUUUUUGAGUCACCUGUUCUUAAAGUUAAUUUUGAGGAGCCAAAAACUGUUAAUUCAGGAAAAUCACUUAAUAGUUAUUUUGAUUAUGAUGUUAAAUUUAACUCAACACUUACCUCAGCUGCUGAAAUUCGGUGUGAAAGAUAUGGUAGAAAAGACAAUCUCACAGAAAAUAUAGUUGGUGUUGACUGCUGGACAUUACUUGGAUUUCCCGUACAUACUAAACAAGGAAUUGAACAAACUUUGUACAGCUGUGCUAGUGUAGUUGAAGCAAGUGUAAAGACCAUCAAAUUGCAAUCCAGUAUAACAGGAUCAACUAAUGUAAUAGAUGUGCAAACUAUCCCAGCACAAUGGUAUAUUGAAAAGGGAACCCUUAAUAUUGCUGAAAUGAAUCCUUGGUGGGGAGGAGUUGAAUUUGGAGAAAAACUUCCUAAUAAUAGUUUUUUAGUAAGUGAAAAUACUCUUUUGUUACCAGCAGGAACUUCCAACAUAUGGGAUAUCGAUGCAAAUGCUGCUUCUGCUCCUGUUAUUGCAGUUGACAUGAUGCGUAAGCUUGAGGAUAGUUUAAAAGGUUAUCGAGGAGAUGGGAUUGGAAAUUUGGCGUUAUUACAACAAUGGAAAGAAGAGGGAUUAACUGAAAAGGAUAUAAGUGGUAUGUACAAACGCCAGUGGAAUGAUAUUAUGAUCAAUAUGGUGACUCCUACCAACCAGGCUAAAAUCGUUGGUACCACUCAAUUUACGGUGAACAAAACAUGCUAUGAUGUACAGUUUGCUACACAGUACUUGAUAGCCAUGUUUGGUCUAAUAAUUAUAUUCUACAUACUUUUAGCAAGCCUUAGAAAUGUAGAUGCUUUCAAUUCAUUGAUUAAAAUUAGACAUGUCGUUCAACAAAUGGAUCUUGGUAAAGUAAUAAUAAAUGUACUGGAAUAUGGAGAGGCAAACACAGUUGGCCCAUCACAAUAG